CUUCACUAGUGGUGGCGGCUGUUUCCGGGCUUAGGGGGCCGGAGCGGCCGCCGGGUAGGAGGCGUUGGUGGCCGCGGCUGGGGAGUGCAGAGUGCGGGCUUGGGGGCCAGGCCCUGCCGAAGGCAGGGAAAGUUACCUUUUCUUUCCCGAAGGGGCCGGUAGAGCCGGUGGCUGAGCGACAAGAUGAAUUUCCUCCGCGGGGUAAUGGGGGGUCAGAGCGCCGGACCCCAGCACACAGAAGCCGAGACGAUUCAAAAGCUUUGUGACAGAGUGGCUUCAUCUACUUUAUUAGAUGAUCGAAGAAAUGCUGUGCGUGCUCUCAAAUCAUUAUCUAAGAAAUACCGCUUGGAAGUGGGUAUACAAGCUAUGGAACAUCUUAUCCAUGUAUUACAAACAGAUCGUUCGGAUUCUGAAAUAAUAGGUUAUGCUUUGGACACACUGUACAAUAUAAUAUCUAAUGAUGAAGAAGAAGAAGUAGAAGAAAAUUCCACAAGACAGAAUGAGGAUUUGGGAAGCCAGUUUACAGAAAUUUUUAUUAAGCAGCCGGAAAAUGUCACUCUGCUGUUAUCUUUGUUGGAGGAAUUUGAUUUCCAUGUCCGCUGGCCUGGUGUGAAGCUUCUUACUUCUCUUUUAAAACAACUAGGACCUCAGGUGCAGCAAAUUAUUUUAGUCAGUCCCAUGGGUGUUUCAAGAUUGAUGGACUUAUUAGCGGAUUCCAGGGAAGUUAUACGUAAUGAUGGUGUGUUACUACUGCAGGCACUAACACGAAGCAAUGGAGCAAUCCAGAAAAUUGUUGCUUUUGAAAAUGCUUUUGAGAGACUACUGGACAUUAUUACAGAGGAGGGGAACAGUGAUGGAGGUAUAGUAGUGGAAGAUUGUCUGAUUUUGCUCCAAAACUUGUUAAAAAACAACAAUUCCAAUCAAAAUUUUUUUAAAGAAGGCUCAUAUAUUCAACGUAUGAAACCUUGGUUUCAUGUUGGAGAUGAAAAUUCUGGCUGGUCUGCACAGAAAGUGACUAAUCUGCACGUAAUGCUACAGCUUGUUCGCGUGCUGGUCUCUCCCACCAACCCUCCUGGGGCUACGAGCAGCUGCCAGAAAGCCAUGUUCCAGUGCGGCCUGCUGCAGCAGCUCUGCACCAUCCUCAUGGCCACGGGCGUUCCUGCUGACAUCCUGACCGAGACCAUUAAUACUGUAUCAGAAGUUAUUCGAGGCUACCAAGUAAACCAAGACUACUUUGCUUCUGUAAAUGCACCUUCAAACCCACCAAGGCCGGCAAUUGUCGUUCUUCUCAUGUCCAUGGUCAAUGAAAGGCAGCCGUUUGUACUGCGCUGUGCUGUUCUCUAUUGUUUCCAGUGUUUCUUAUAUAAAAAUCAGAAAGGACAAGGAGAAAUUGUGUCAACGCUCCUACCUUCCACUAUUGAUGCAACAGGUAACUCGGUCUCCGCGGGUCAGUUACUGUGCGGAGGUCUGUUUUCCACCGAUUCGCUUUCAAACUGGUGUGCUGCCGUGGCCCUUGCCCACGCUUUGCAAGAAAACGCUACCCAGAAGGAACAACUGCUCAGGGUGCAACUUGCUACGAGCAUUGGCAACCCCCCGGUGUCUUUACUGCAGCAGUGCACCAACAUCCUGUCACAGGGUGAUAAGAUCGACAGACGGGGAAGCAAAAUACAGACAAGAGUUGGAUUAUUGAUGCUGCUCUGUACCUGGCUGAGCAACUGUCCCAUUGCGGUCACGCAUUUCCUUCACAAUUCGGCCAAUGUUCCAUUUCUUACAGGACAAAUUGCAGAAAAUCUUGGCGAGGAAGAGCAGUUGGUCCAAGGCUUAUGUGCCCUUUUGUUGGGCAUUUCAAUUUACUUCAAUGAUAACUCACUUGAGAGCUACAUGAAAGAGAAAUUAAAACAACUAAUAGAGAAGAGGAUUGGCAAAGAAAACUUCAUAGAGAAACUAGGAUUUAUCAGCAAACAUGAGUUGUAUUCCAGAGCAUCUCAGAAACCACAGCCAAACUUUCCCAGUCCAGAAUACAUGAUAUUUGAUCAUGAGUUCACGAAGCUGGUAAAAGAACUUGAAGGUGUGAUAACUAAGGCUAUUUAUAAGUCCAGUGAAGAGGAUAAAAAAGAAGAAGAGGUGAAGAAAACAUUAGAACAACAUGACAGUAUUGUGACUCACUACAAAAAUAUGAUUCGAGAACAAGAUCUGCAACUUGAGGAAUUAAAGCAGCAGAUUUCUACGUUAAAAUGUCAAAACGAGCAGCUCCAAACGGCAGUCACACAGCAAGUAUCUCAGAUUCAGCAACACAAAGAUCAGUACAAUCUUCUUAAAGUACAGCUAGGAAAAGAUAAUCAGCAUCAGGGUUCCUACAGUGAUGGGACUCAGGUGAAUGGCGUUCAGCCAGAAGAAGUUGGUAGGUUACGAGAAGAAAUAGAAGAAUUAAAAAGUAAUCAGGAACUUUUACAAAGCCAGCUGGCUGAAAAGGACUCUCUGAUUGAGAAUUUGAAAUCUUCCCAAGCAUCGCCUGGCACAAAUGAACAGUCUUCAGCACCAGCUUCUGCUAGAGAUUCUGAACAAAUUGCAGAAUUAAAACAGGAGCUGGCAACAUUAAAGUCUCAGUUAAACUCACAAUCUGUGGAGAUCACCAGACUGCAGACAGAAAAGCAGGAGCUGUUAAGGAAAACCGAAACAUUUGCGAAAUCAGCUCCUGCACCAGGAGAGAGUGAAGCCGGAGCGGCCGCCAAGACCACCGACGUGGAGGGCAGACUGUCGGCGCUGUUACAGGAGACGAAGGAGUUAAAGAAUGAAAUUAAAGCUCUCUCUGAGGAACGGAGCGCCAUCAAAGAGCAGCUGGACGCCUCGAACAGCACCAUUGCCAUUUUACAAAACGAAAAAAACAAGCUCGAGAUGGACGUUACAGAUUCCAAAAAAGAACAGGACGAUCUGUUGGUGCUGUUGGCUGAUCAGGACCAGAAAAUAUUUUCAUUAAAGAAUAAACUCAAGGAGCUUGGUCAUCCGGUAGAAGAAGAGGAUGAACUUGAAUCCGGAGACCAGGAUGAUGAGGAAGAUGAAGAUGAAGACGAUGGCAAGGACCAGGGGCCGAUGUAGCCUCCAGACCUCUAGGAAUGAUAGAGCUUGUAUUGUAACUUUGAAGAUGGAGUCUUAAGACAGUGCUUUGGUUUGCCUCCGCAGAAAAUAAAGAUUUAGAAACCCAAGUUGAAAACA